CGGGAGCUUUCUCAACCGGAGAGUUAACUCCUCAACGUGCCUCCCAUCUCAGUUGCAAGUUACAUUGUCCUCAUGACCCUAGUUGCCCCCUCCACUAGCAUUGUGCCCUCAAGCUGACUCUCACCCAACUGCCCCCUCCUCAGUUGCCACUGGUUUCCAUACCCUCCUUCCAUUUGCCCUUAGUGUCUCGCAGUUGCCCUCUCCUGUACAGCUGCCCCUCUCUUCAGUUGCCCCGUUGCUGUCUGUUACCCCUCUCCAACUGCCUUCUAACUCCAGUUAGCCCUCCUCCCAAUUGCUCUCGCCCCACAGCCGCCAGCAGUGGACCCAACUGAGCGCUCUCGGCUGCCCUCAGUCCCCGGACGCUGGGUUCUGGGCGGGGUGAUGUGUUCCUGCGUCAAAGCGCACGGACGUUGCUGCUUGGAGAUUGGGACCUUUCUGUGCGGCUCUAGCUCAAACCUGAUCAGCUCCUGAUUGUCCAGCGCCUGGCGUACUGUCUGCAUCGGUACUGAUUCCCGGCCGGGUUGUCAAGGAGAAGAAUCUUGCACCUACAUCAAUAUCAGGAGUCGAAAAAUAUUCCAGAAACUGCGCCAUCUUUGAAAGUUCUUGCCUCUGCUCCUCAUUUAUGAAGCUUUGCCUGUAGGUCUGCCCAAUGCCGAAAAACAGUAAAGUUACGCAGCGAGAGCACAGCAAUGAUCCUGUCACAGAAUCUGUCGCUGACCUGCUCGCUGGAGAGGAGCCUGUGGACUAUAAACGCAGUGUGCUGAAUGUGGGAGGCAUCCCUGUGACAAAAGACCAGGAUGGAGGGAACACAAUCGAGAAUGAUGAUCGCCCAGUCUGGAACAAUAAGCUACAGUACAUCCUUGCCCAGAUUGGCUACUCCGUAGGCUUGGGAAAUGUCUGGCGUUUUCCCUAUCUUUGUCAGAAAAACGGUGGAGGUGCUUAUCUUGUUCCUUACCUCAUCCUGCUCCUCAUCAUUGGAAUUCCCCUGUUUUUUCUGGAACUAGCCGUGGGCCAGAGAAUAAGGCGUGGGAGUAUUGGUGUCUGGAACUAUAUCUGUCCCAGACUGGGUGGCAUUGGAUUUGCAAGCUGCAUUGUAUGUUUCUUUGUUGGACUUUAUUACAACGUUAUCAUUGGCUGGAGUAUUUUUUAUUUUUUUAAAUCAUUCCAGUCUCCCCUCCCGUGGAGUGAGUGUCCUCUCAUCACCAAUGGUACCAUUACCAUCGUGGAACCAGAAUGUGAAAAGAGUUCAGCUACAACCUACUUCUGGUACAGAGACACUCUGAACAUUGCCAACAACAUCAAUGAAGGAGGAGGUCUGAACUGGAAGAUGACUCUAUGUCUCCUGUCAGCUUGGUUCCUCGUAGGAUUAUGUACAAUCAAAGGUAUCCAGUCAUCUGGUAAGGUGAUGUACUUCAGUUCUCUGUUUCCAUACGUUGUUCUCAUUUGUUUCCUGGUUCGAAGUCUACUCCUCAGAGGCUCGAUUGAUGGAAUUCUUCACAUGUUUACUCCUAAGCUGGAGAAGAUGAUGGAAUCCCAGGUAUGGAGGGAAGCUGCUACCCAAGUGUUCUUUGCUCUUGGACUUGGGUUUGGGGGAGUCAUCGCGUUCUCAAGUUACAACAAAAAAGAUAACAACUGUCAUUUUGAUGCAGCCCUUGUUGCUUUCAUCAAUUUCUUCACCUCUGUUCUGGCAACACUUGUCGUGUUUGCAGUCCUUGGAUUCAAAGCUAACGUGAUGAAUGAGAAAUGCGUCAUAACAAAUUCUGAAAAGAUUAUUGGAUACCUGAAUUCCAAAGUUCUGAGCCAUGAUCUGAUUCCACCCCAUAUCAACUUCUCACAUCUGACAGCUUCUGAUUAUUCUGAGAUGUACAGUGUCAUAAAGACAGUAAAGGAAAAUCAUUUCAGUGAACUUGGGCUGGAUACAUGUCAACUGGAGGAUGAGCUGGAUAAGUCAGUACAGGGCACAGGCCUUGCCUUUAUUGCCUUCACAGAGGCAAUGACCCAUUUCCCAGCCUCCCCUUUCUGGUCUGUGCUCUUCUUCCUGAUGCUCAUUAACCUGGGAUUGGGCAGCAUGAUGGGAACCAUGGAAGGCAUCAUCUCACCAAUUGUUGACACAUUUAAAAUUCGUAAAGAGUUCUUGACAAUUGGCUGCACAAUCAUCGCUUUUUCAAUUGGACUCAUAUUCGUUCAACGUUCUGGGAACUAUUUUGUCACGAUGUUCGAUGACUAUUCCGCUACAUUACCCCUCACAAUUGUGGUCAUUUUGGAAAAUAUCUCUGUUUCCUGGAUCUAUGGAACAAAAAAAUUCAUGCAGGAGUUGACAGAAAUGUUGGGAUUCACUCCAUACAGAUACUACUAUUACACCUGGAAGUACAUCUCCCCUCUGGCCAUGGUCAUCCUGAUGUUGGCCAGUAUCAUUCAGAUGGGGAUCACUCCUCCAGGGUACAAUGCCUGGAUAAUGGAAGAGGCUGUGGAGAGGUUCCUGAUAUUCCCAGGCUGGGCCCUCGGUUUGACUGUUACUCUGAUUGUGCUGGGAAUUCUCCCCAUUCCUAUUGUUUUUAUUGUCCGGCACUUCCAUCUUGUGUCUGAUGGGUCCAACACUUUAUCCGUCUCCUACAACCGAGGCAGAAUGAUGAAAGAUAUGUCCAAUUUGGAUGAUCAUGAUGAGACACGAUUCAUCCUGAGUAAGGUUCCCAGUGAGAGUCCCUCACCAAUGCCGAUUCAUCGCUCUUAUAAUGGGCCAGACAGCAUAUCACCACUGGAGAUGACUGCUGCUAACGGGCGAUAUGGUAUUGGUUAUCUGUCUGCUGGCACUCCUGAAUCAGAACUGUAAACUGAGAUUGCCAUAGGCAAAUCAGCACCUAAAUACAGUUAUUAAUAUUACAUGAAAGGUGAAAGGUGUAACGAUUAAUUAGCAGGUUUUAAUUGGAGAAAACAACCUGUAACUAGCACCAUUGAUUGAAAUCCGGUCAAUUUGACAUUGAUCUCCACUGGUUUAAAAAAAACAAAAUUGUAUAAAUGAGUUAAUGAUAGACUGGACCUGUAGCAGUGCGGGCACUGCAUGUGCAAUGCUACAUUGGAAUCAUUGUAGUUCAUCUGACCCUAUAUCAGCAAACAUUGAACAUAUCGCUUGUAUCAAAUCAGACAUGCAUAUACCUGCAUAGCACAAAUACCACAUUUCCCAGCCUUGCAUCAGUGCAGCUAAUGUAUAUACUGACCUUUUAUCUGCACAUACACUACAUAUGCUGAACCUGCAUCAAGACAGGUUCAAUGCUAGUUCUUACCCAAAAUCACUGCUGAAGAUUUUACAAACCAACCCCCCCCCCCACCACUCCCCACCGCCCCGCCAACCAACCUCCCCAACCCUGAUCAGUAGCAAAUAAAAUUAAAAAGAACUCGGUUUAGGUACAGACAAUACGAAUGCUGUACAGGAAAUGCACAUCCUGAACCAAAAUCAGCACAAGAGCGACAUCUGCUGCCCUAUAUUAGUCCACACACAACACCAGUCCUGAAAUAGCACAAAUGCAUUAUGUUAGGCCUAUGUCUGCACAUACACGGCAUAUACUGCCAUUUACGAAGACAAGCAAUGCAUGUGCUAACCAGAGUCAGUAUGAGUCUGUGUACUAACCAAGUGUGUAAGUAUUGUGUACUAGUCUUGAGUCAGUAUGGGUGUCAUGUGUACUCGCUAUGAGUCAGUAUGAGCUGUGUCUGUCCAGAUAUGCAUUCUUUCUGAGCUUGUCUUUGUUUUUGUUAAUAAUGUUGUUGCUGUAUUAAUGAUCUCAUUGAAUUUUUGGUACAAGGUCUUGAUUGGAUUUGUUAGUAACCCUGCCUUUGAGCAUGUGUGGACUGAGACUGUCUGUGUGUAAGUGAUGCAGGCUGUGAAGUUCCUAAUAAGCACACUGUACCCUAACCUAGGAGGUUUAUCCUACGUAUCAGGCUCCAUCAGCUAAGGAUCUGUAGGUAAGGAUCUCAACCAAAGCACAAAAGCUGGUAACAGAGUGAUACAUUCAGUCACUUUUAAUGAGAGCAGUCACUGCCAACUUAAGGCCAACACCAGUUGCAUUUCCAUAAUGAUCAUUGUUCCCUUGACUACCUGACUGUGUUAAUCUUUGAUUCUCCUUUUCUGCCAUGGGCAGAACAAUUUACUUCAUAAACCUUCCUAAACCUACACAAGUAGUCACACAUAAACAAGUGUAAGAUGAUCCUCAGUGACAUGUUUUUGUUAAUUGUUUGGUGGUACAGAACUUCAUUAUUGAUUGAAAAAUAAUUUUUUUGUUAGAGCUUCUCAUCUGCACUCAUGAGGACAGUUUGCAAGAAAUACAAAUUCAAGAGAAAACCAACAUUUCUACUGCAUACCGAUUGGCUGGCAUGUGGAUUCCUGGCCUCCCACUCUCCCCUUUCACCUGUGUUCCUUUCUAGUUUCAGUUAACUUUCUAUUACAUGAAAUCUAAAUCACUUGGCUCCCAUAGUCUACUAGUGUAAUGUUCACUUUGUAAUACAGAAUAAGAACUUGAACUUUUUUUAGGAACGCAUUGGGAAGAGAGUCAUUCCACAGGCUGAGAUCUCUUGAGCAGUUUCUGGCUGAAAUCAUUUGGGUUCUUGCAGACCUAGAAUGAAUUUGCAGUCAUGAUAACAGCAGAAACCGUUCAUGGCUCAAAUCUUAUUCUUCUCAUAAAGAGUUCCAAUUGAGUUUCAUUGCUUCCUUGUCACAGAGAUGGAAGCCACAGCUGAGUGAGAGAAGUUCUCCUCAGCACAAGUCUACACACAAUGCAUCAACAUGCAGUGCCAACAUAACCCAUGUGUCCCUCAGCUUCAUCUUUGUUGAUAUUAUUUAAUGAUUGACUUGUAGGAACCAGCUGGUCUCACUAUCACUAACCAGUGUUGGUUUAUAAAUUACAGUAUUAAAGCUCAAAAUAUACAAUUAACAACUUCAGUAAAUAAGCAACAAAUUUCUGGUGCUGAGUAAUAAUCGUUGCAUUCUGUAUAAUGUUCAGAGAUUGAUGUACUUGCAUUAGAUGUCAGUAAUUAAAGUUUCUGUCAAUGUUGUUGGUAUUUUAGAUAGUGUAGUGUGAGUGUGUAUCUGGGGAGCGAAUUAUUUUAGACUAUCUGUGGAGCCCAGUUAAUGUAUAGCACAUGAUGAUAAGCACAGUGAGAACAUACCUUUGCAAUUUCUCUAGAUUUAGUUUAGUUAGAUCCUAAUGUUUUCAGCUUAGAAGUGUUGAUAAAUUGUACAAUCAAUUGGAUCAGAUAUAAUUGUUCAUUGCACUUUACUAUUCCUGGAAAUGCGCUAUUUAAUCCAGAGACAGAAUUAUACAGCACAAAGGGAGGCCAUCUGGCUCCUCACACCUAUACUAGCUCAUUGAUAGAGCUAUCUAAUCAGUCCCAUUCCUCCUGCUGUUUCUCCAUUUUAUCCUUUAAAGUAUUUAUCUAAUUUUUUUUAAUUACACUGAAUCUGCUUCUAGAUGAAAUUCUUUACACUUAAGUCGGCGAAUUAACAUUAACUAGAUGUUAGAACAUGUGGGGCUGGCUGGAGCUUGAUGCAGUACCAUCCUGCAGCUCCUGGUGGGGCCAAUGGCUUUUUAAACUCUGUUUAAGCUAUGGUGCUGGGGGCAUCUACAGGUUACUGCUGCUACUGCAGGAAAUUAAGCCAGUUCACGUGCUCCUCAGAUGCUGCUUGGCCUGUUGUGUUCAUCCAGCUCCACACUUUGUUAUCUCAGAUUCUCCAGCAUCUACAGUUUCCAUUAUCCCUCACAGCUUGUUAACACUGCUUAAUCAAACUGGCUAAAACUCAAAGUACCAAGAUGAUUAGUUUGGGAUUAUCCAGCUGGUUUCUGUCAGGACUGUGGUAAAGACUCAAACCCAGGAUGAUAUUAGAACUACGGGUUCCCACUCCUCCCUGGUGAUUUCUGUUGACCUUCACUGUUUCAUACAGAAUGCUGUUGGGGAAGAAAAGUAGAAUUAACACUAAUCAGUGACUAGUGACCACUGGUUACCUCUUAAUUGAAGGGUGAAUGAAUGAGGGGUGAUCUCAUAGAAACUGAUGAAGUUCUAUCUGCUCUGGAAAGGGUAAACACCAAAAGGUUGUUCUCAAUGACCGCGGAGUACAGAGCCAGGGCUGUCAGUCUGAGGAAACUGGGUCAGCCAUUUAGGACUGAGAUGAGGAAAGUGGUGAGCCUGUGGAAAUCACUGUCACAGAAAGUAGUUGAAGCUGAAACAUUGUGUUGCCAACAAGAAGAUGUAGUUCUUAUCAAAGGAUAUAGGGAGAAAAUGGGGACUGAGGUGGAUGAUCAGUCAUGACCAUUUUGAAAGGUGGAGCAGGCUUGAAGGGCUAGAUGGCCUAGUACUGCUCUUUCUCACUAUGUAAUUGAUAUUAUCAGGCCAGAGAAGAGGAAGAAAACUACUUUUUAAAAUAAGGUGAACGUGCUGAGUAAUACCAAGUUCAGUCUGACAUCUCCUGGUACUGGACUGUGAAAGAGAAUAUAUGGUGAUAUACUUUUUAGUAGUACACUGGAGGAUGUGGUGUAAAGAAACACUUACUGGCAUUUAACCAGAGGCACUGACACAAGAACUAAUGCUUUAGAUACAGUCACUACCUAAUCUCGAUAUAAACGUUGAUCAAAACAGAGACGCCAGAUGGAUGUCGCGACAGCAGAGAUGAGGCAUUGAAGUUAUCAGCUCUGCAGUAGCAAUCAUCCCUGUAUUUCUCAGAGGACUUCUACUGUUGACUAGGCACAGAUACACAAAGUUAGUUGAUUUUAACAUUUGAAAUAUAAAGAAGACACUUGUUGAGGACAUGUAGCAUUGCAGUCAAAUAAUUAGCACUUGGAGCUUUAUCUUUCUUCUGGUGCCUUGUAUUUUCUUGCUGAAUUCCCGUGUCCAUGUUUAUAGAAAUUCUAUGUAAACUGGUCACGUUGUAAUGAUACCAUGCACCAGGGAUGGCACUGCAGCAUUUUCACAGGCUGAAUGGAUUACUACACGAGUGUCACUGUGCCAUGUGGUGUCAAUGAGAAACUUGUAAAGGAAAAAGUCAAGAAUUAGCAGAUAGUGAUUUUUAAAAGGAGAGAAGUUUAAAAAAAACUAAUGUUAAAUAAAAUUUUAGUUAUUCAAUGUGGGGAAAGAGAUUGGACAAUAGAAAACAACCAUUACCUAUCAAAGUUUUUGAAUUGUUUCACAGCAUAUUUGUCUAUUAACAUCCCACCAAUUUACCUCUUCACCGUUUUCCCUUUUAUUCCUGUGUUGGUGCCUCUCACUAAUUCAAGGCCAGAACUGAAGUAUAAAAUUCCCAAGAGCUGUCAGAGCCAUAGGAUUAAAUUCCACUGGGAGUGGAAUCCUCAUUCCUGAUGAUCUACCCACAGUUGUUGUACUUCAGUCUUUAUAAGUGAUAUAUUGACCAACAAUUAAUUCCAGUUUGGCAUUUGUGAGAUUUAGAGAAUAUGGUAAUAGUCUAAAGAUAUUUAUAUUGUACAUUGAAACUGUAUAUGUUUGUGUACAUUAUGUUAAAUUAUAAAAUUUAUAAAUGUUAUGCUAAAUAUUUUCACAUUAUUGUUGCUUUGUGGUGGUGUAUAUAUUAAUUGUAUAUUGA